UGGAAAAAAAACGAGAAAAACCAAAAGUCAGAUAUAGCCUGGAACUUUCUUUCCCAACAACAGUAAGACUCUGUUUUUUCCCAAGAUGUCUGGUUUCCUCUUUUGUUUCGUCCAAAUCUCUACUUUUUAGGGAUCUUGUCCUUCUCUUUUCUGCUGAUUAAAACCCUCGAAUUUGCUCCAAUUCGACGCGAAAAAGGGCAUUGAGAUGGUGAAUGGAGAAUCAUCAACUAGUACGUCUUACUCUGAUAGUAACAAUGACACAAAUGAUCAAGGAGGAGACUUUGAAUGUAACAUUUGUUUCGAACUAGCUCAAGAUCCGAUUGUCACUCUCUGUGGCCAUCUCUUUUGCUGGCCUUGCUUAUACCGUUGGCUUCACCACCAUUCACAUUCUCAAGAAUGUCCGGUUUGUAAAGCCGUGGUUCAAGACGAUAAGCUUGUUCCUCUUUACGGUAGAGGCAAGAACCAGACUGACCCGAGAUCAAAACGUUAUCCGGGUUUACGGAUUCCUAACCGACCAACAGGUCAAAGACCUGAGACUGCUGCUCCUCCUCCUCAGCCUGAAGCUGCGAGUAAUUUUUUCAACUACGGUAUUGGUUUGAUGGGUGGAAUUAUGCCGAUGAUGGCGACUACGAGGUUUGGGAAUUUCAGUAUGGGGUUUGGUGGUUUGUUACCUUCUUUGUUUAACUUUCAGUUUCAUGGAUUUCAUGAUGCUACGCUUUAUGGUUCAACACCGGGUUAUCCUUACGGUGGUUAUCAUAACGGUUUCCGUGGAGUUCCUCCUCGUGGACAAGAGCGUCCUAUGGCUCGUGGAGGAAACCAAAGUGAUGCAUUUCUGAAGAAUAUCCUCUUUUUUGUUGGAAUCUGUGUGGUGAUAUUUCUCAUCUGGUGAAAACGAAUCACAUUUGGUGUAUUUCCAGGUAUGAUCAAACUUACUUACUUGGUGCAAGUUGUGUAUGUAAAUAUGGUAAUAGCUGAGUGUACUUGUCUGCUAUUUCGACGUUGUUAUUGUAUUUUUGUUUUGAAGAUGAACCGUGAGUCUACAAGCUUUUUUACACAACUCUUUUGUUGCUUUUGUGUUUUGUCUAAGCAUCUUGUGAAAACUAGUUGUGAAAUAAAUGGUGCGUGUUAUGACAUAAGAAGUAUUAUGCUUAUAAUAUUUGAUAGAUCAUUACUUUCUUUGAUUCUUUAAGGUUGAUAGAUGCUAGCUUUUAUAUAGAAUAUAGUUUUUAAACUGAUUUCUGCUUUAUAAACGAAGAACAGACGUUGAAUCUAGAACAUGAAAAGCUCCCCUUAAAUGUGAACCAGAUCAGUGGCUAAAUUAAUGUGUUUAGGAAUGAUUUGCUGUGUCGGUUUAGUUGUUUGUUUUAACAACUCUAUUUUAACAUAGAAAAGCUGUGUGUAGUGCUCUGAUCUCGUGAGCAUUCUUGUGCGAGACUAAGCUUGUUCUUGUGAGUUGAUUCACGUAGUGGACUGCUGGGACAGAACAUGACGAUAAGGGAAUCACACUCCGCGAUUCUUGUUCUUCUUCUGAUCUCUCAGAUCUCGAAUUCACUCUGUUUACUCGAUAGUUUGUUAGGUGUUCACACAUUGCUAGAUAGUUGUAGAUUGAUGCUAAAUUGCUAAUAUCGAAACAGUGACCCUAGGGAUGACUUCUAGAGCAUCACUUACCCGUCCUUGGCUUAAACCAGUCUCAACUACCUCUCCCUUUGUAAAUAAACUUUUCAACAUGUAAAAUGUCAUCUUCUGCGUGACGGCGUUGCAGACAACAAUGACCACCACUAUAGGUAAGUUUUGCUUUAGUGCUAUUCCAUAUUGUUGUUCUGACAAUAAUAACCUAGAAUCCUUCAUGGUUUGAGCUCAUGUUGGGUCGUAGU